UUCAUGGCAGGGGACGUGGAAGGGUUUAGCUCCGCCAUCCAUGAUACCAGUGUCUCUGCUGGGUUCAGAGCACUGUAUGAGGAGGGAUUGCUUCUUGACGUCACUCUUGUCAUUGAAGACCACCAGUUUCAGGCCCAUAAAGCCCUGCUUGCCACCCAGAGUGAUUACUUCAGGAUUAUGUUCACAGCCGACAUGAGGGAGCGAGAUCAAGAUAAAAUCCAUUUGAAAGGUCUGACUGCCACAGGCUUCAGCCACGUCCUCCAAUUCAUGUACUACGGAAACAUUGAACUGAGCAUGAACACUGUUCAUGAGAUUCUGCAGGCUGCCAUGUAUGUUCAGCUUAUAGAGGUGGUGAAGUUCUGCUGCUCUUUUCUUUUAGCAAAAAUCUGCUUAGAAAACUGUGCAGAAAUUAUGAGACUAUUAGAUGAUUUUGGUGUAAACAUCGAUGGAGUCAGGGAAAAGUUGGACUCCUUUCUGCUAGAGAAUUUUGUGCCACUCAUGUCCAGACCUGACUUCUUGUCCUAUCUGAGCUUUGAAAAGCUUAUGUCUUAUUUGGAUAAUGAUCAUCUGAGCAGGUUUCCAGAGAUAGAGCUGUACGAGGCUGUUCAGGCUUGGCUGCGGCAUGAUAGAAGACGCUGGAGACAUACCGACACCAUCAUUCAGAACAUCAGGUUUUGUUUGAUGACACCAUCCAGUGUUUUUGAGAAGGUAAAAACAUCAGAGUUUUAUCGAUACUCUCGGCAGCUGCGGCAUGAAGUUGACCAAGCCAUGAAUUACUUUCAUAGUGUUCACCAACAGCCUUUGAUGGAAAUGAAAUCCAAUCGUAUUCGUUCUGCCAAACCCCAGACUGCAGUAUUUAGAGGAAUGAUAGGACACAGCAUGGUAAAUAGCAAAAUUCUUCUCUUGCACAAACCAAGGGUCUGGUGGGAGCUAGAGGGUCCUCAAGUACCUUUACGACCAGACUGCCUUGCCAUUGUCAAUAACUUUGUAUUCUUGUUAGGCGGGGAAGAACUGGGCCCAGAUGGUGAGUUUCAUGCUUCCUCCAAAGUAUUUAGAUACGACCCUAGACAAAAUACUUGGUUGCGAAUGGCAGACAUGUCUGUUCCACGCUCAGAGUUUGCUGUUGGUGUUAUUGGGAGAUACAUCUAUGCGGUGGCUGGGAGAACAAGGGAUGAAACAUUUUACUCGACUGAACGAUAUGAUAUCACUGCAGACAAAUGGGAAUUUGUGGAUCCCUAUCCAGUCAAUAAAUAUGGACAUGAAGGAACUGUACUCAGUAACAAGUUGUAUAUCACUGGGGGAAUUACUUCAUCUUCCACUUCGAAGCAAGUGUGUGUGUUUGACCCCAGUAAAGAAGGGACGGUAGAACAGCGAACGAGGAGAACUCAAGUGGUCACUAACUGUUGGGAGAACAAAUGCAAAAUGAAUUAUGCAAGAUGCUUUCACAAAAUGAUUUCCUAUAAUGGUAAGCUUUAUGUCUUUGGUGGUGUUUGUGUGAUCUUGAGGGCCUCCUUUGAGUCGCAAGGGUGUCCUUCUACAGAGGUUUACGACCCAGACACUGAUCAGUGGACUAUUUUGGCUUCUAUGCCAAUUGGAAGAAGUGGUCAUGGUGUAGCUGUUUUGGACAAACAGAUAAUGGUUCUUGGAGGCCUUUGUUACAAUGGUCAUUACAGUGAUUCAAUUCUCACCUUUGAUCCAGAGGAAAACAAAUGGAAAGAAGAUGAAUACCCAAGAAUGCCCUGCAAGCUGGAUGGUUUACAGUAAUGUUCUUUCAAAUUCUGGAUUGAGAGAGAUGGGAGGACAUGGAGUUAUAUUGCAAGUUAGCAGAUUUUAUUUCUUUAAUUAGCAAUAAUAUAGCAAAGCAGAGUUGAUUACUGUAAUCUUUGAUCAAAAGAGAGAAUUUACACCACCAUAGCUGGAAUGAUAAAGGAUGUCUAAGCCAGAGAUGGCUGGACCAAAUGUUCACAUUCAGCCUUCUGGUGCAGACCACAGGUUGCAGUUCAAUGUAAUUCUUUGCUUAUUAUUUUCCUAUAUUUUUCAAUUUACAAGUACAGAAUUUAAUUUGUUUUAUUUUAGUAAUCUGAACUACAAUCUUUUUGAUAUAAGACAAGGCACCAACCUUGCCAUGAGAUGUGUGCAGAUGGA